GCGGCGGCAUGCAGGCAGCAGUCCGGUCAGAGGCAGCAGAGCGGCGGGAACUCCAGCAGCUCCGCAUAUUCAUCCCAGUCAGAGCAGCUGCUCGGUCUGUCCGCACGGCGUCCGUCCAUCCAGCUGUUGAUAUCCCCUCCUUCCAUCCAGCGGUGCUCUGCGUCCGCAUCUGCGUCUGGGAAGGUCAGACGCAUCAUUUUUAAAAUCAGCGGACCUGGCAACUUUUUGCCUUUUCUCUCUCUUUCUCAUCAACGUUUCAUCCCCGGGAGAUUCUUCUGCAUUCAGCGGGCGCUGACGCUGCGAGGAUGGCUGGCUGACCUCGGAGCUCACCGAUUGGUUCGCUGAUCUUCGCUGGCCGCAGCUGCCGCCAUGGCCAAAAGCCCAGAGGUGAAGCUGGCCGUGUUCGGCAGAGCGGGGGUGGGCAAGUCAGCGUUGGUGGUGAGAUUUCUGACCAGACGCUUCAUCUGGGAGUACGACCCAACACUCGAAUCAACAUAUCGCCACCAGGCCAACAUCGACGAUGAGGUCGUCACCAUGGAGAUUCUGGACACGGCUGGGCAGGAGGACAUCCAGCAGAAGGAGGGUCAUGUGCGUUGGGGUGACGGAUUUGUCAUCGUGUACGACAUCACGGACCGGGGGAGCUUCGAGGAGGUGGCGCCGCUCCGAAGUCUCCUGGAGGACGUGAAGAAGCCGAAGAACGUGCCCCUGGUCCUCGUCGGCAACAAGUCCGACCUGGACCACGUGCGGCAGGUCGGCACGGAGGAAGGCGAGCGGCUGGCCGCCGAGAUGGCGUGCGCCUUCUACGAGUGCUCGGCGUGCGCCAACGAGGGCGGCGCCGUGGCCGAGGCCUUCCACGAGCUGUGCCGCGAGGUGAGGCGCCGCAAGGCCGUGCAGGGCAAGGCCAGACGCCGCAGCUCCACCACGCAUGUCAAACAGGCCAUCAACAAGAUGCUGACCAAGAUCAGCAGCUAGGGAAGACGACGCCAGCAAUGUACUAUUCCUCUUCUGUAAAUGUGUCAAGCAACUAGCGGCUCCGCAAUGGACGAAAUGUGACUGAUGUUAUGUGGAAUGUGUUCUUUACUUAUUCUCUCAUCAUGCUCCAUCAAAUAGGCAGCGUCUCCUCCGUCUGGAAGAGGUAGCUCAUGUCGUCGCUUCAGCAUGGGAGCCGUCCAAACUUUUCAAAUGUCACUUGGAUCAAAGUAACUCUGGAUGCAGGUGAGGCGUUGGUUUCUCUGUAGCUCGUCUGUUGGGGGAUAGUGCAACUGUUCCGUCAGCAGUGGUCAAAGAAAAAUAAGAUCAGCGAACUACUAUCGCAUAAAAGUAGAUCCACUGUCCCUAACGCAUGUCAUCCCUGCAAACAGUCAUCCACACAGUCCUUGUAAAGUCCACUACAUUAUCUUGACACGAAACGUUUCUGCUGUGGAGUCCCAACACGUCACAUUCCAGGGAAGCUCCUCAUGGCUGUCAUUUUUAAAUACUGUAAACUACAGUAUGUAUGAUUUGGUACAUUGCCAAAGACGGUACUGUCAUUGUUGAAAUGGAAUGUUUUUAUGUACGUGACCUGUAUGAUCAAAACAACCAGAUGUGCACUCGUAAUUAAAAGAAAUGGACGUAUAUCCCACUGGUUUUCCUCUUCCUGAGUCCGUAUGUUUGGUUGACAUCCGUGUUUUAUGUCAUCGCUGGGUGCAUGGUGUUCCACAGUGGGGUACUAAGUUCUAAAACAAUAAAUACGGUGUCAGAUACGGACGCCUUCAGCCAGAGCAGCGGCUGUUUAUCAUACGAGCUCAUAUCAAACUCCCUCGGGCUCAUCUGCAUCAUAUUUUGAUUGAGCUAUGAUUCGGAUGACGGCAGACAACAACACGCUAAGCGCUGAUAGUUUGAAGUGUAACCACAUCAGUUCAGCGAUUUAGUGUUUUAAUAGAUAAGAAAUAGAAAUUGAUGGAUUAUGAGACAAUCCAGGAGCAAAAACUGUGAAUGGGACAUAACUACUUCUCACUGAGCUCUUUGACCAACGUUAACAGUCGCUUUGCAUUGUUCAGGCUCCCCCUGUGGUUACUGAAGGCUACAGCAACAGCUGUUUAGUACUGCACAUCCCAGACAUCUGGGGGAAGAAACACAUUGCCGUAGCAGAUAUUUUGUUAGAGAUGCAACAGGAGAGCAAGUGGUGUUUCUGUUUCAAGUGGAACCAAACAUUUUUAUAAAUCCUGUCAGUAAUAAUACACAAUCGCCUCCCAAGUGUAAAGAGAGUGAACAGUGACGAUUUUAGACUCUCGGGUCUUCAUAAAGAUCAACAGAUCAUUGGUUUUAUGCCCUGACAUUUACACUUUUAAACUUCCUCUUUAAAAAGGCUUCAUGGUAUCAAGUGUGAUACAUGUUGAGGAAUGUACCACAUUAAUGCUGUAUGUUCAAUUUAUUGAAAAAAGCUGCUAAAUUCUAUAUAGCUUCUUUCACACCGUCCCGACCCACUGCGUCGUCUCCUGUGCGCUCCAUCCAACAGGUAAAAACUAGUCACAUCCGUUUGAAAACGGUGAACAGAAAUACAGCACCUCAUCCUACCAGUGGCAGCAGAGCAACCUUGUGGAUGUUUUUACAUUGAGAUAAAAAUCAAUCAAAUCAAUGUGUAUCCAUGUGAUCGUAUAACUCAAUAAGCACACAGCGAAGCUGGCGCACUUCCACACACUACAAAGAUGGAGUCUGUGUAGCGGGUAAAAAAAAAACCUCGCCUGUGGGACAUGUCACGUCUGUGAGAGCGACUGGAUUGGGAACAAAAGCAGGAAACAACAAGCGUCUCCUGGAACUGGGAGAAUCCGUUCAGGCUGGAGAAACCAGAGCAACGGUUAUUUAAAAAAAAUCCUAGACCAUAAAUAGUAUCAAGAAAGGGGUUUUAUUUCAUGAAAAUCUGAAGGAAUAUAACUUCCUUUUGUACUGAAACUAAAUAUCUAUGUUCUCUGUACAAGUUGAUUGAUACUCUCACUCUCACACACUAAAAAAAUUCCCUUAUCAUCUUACAGUCACUGACAAUACUGGGUGGAUUCGUUGUACAAGUACAGCUCACCAUUUCAGCAGGUUUUUUUGGGACAAUAUGGAUUUCAAAAGACACACCUUUUGUAUUAUAUAUUUUUUCAUUUUUAUUGCCCUGAGGCCUGAAAUUAAAACCCAUUCAAACGAACGUUCCCUUACUUCCCAUUUAGUAGUAAACCGUAACCCACUUCUGUCACAGCACAGUCUUAAAAAAAGGAAACCUCCCACUAAAUACACCCUGCUUUCUUCAAAUAGACUGCUGACUCAGGGAGAGGACACAAAAACAAAAAACGGCUUUCUUUAGUCUGUGUGAAGCAGAAAGGAGUGGCCCAGCUAUAGAUAAUUACUAGAGGCCAAAACCCCAUAACAACCAGGGGGAAAGGAGCCA